CAAAACAGUGAAGUUUAGCCUAGCAGGAAACACCGAGGUUACCACCAGCGCGGCAGUGGAAAAACAAGGAGCACCAGUCCCCGUUUCAGUUGUUUAACCGGGGCUCAGUCUCAUUAUUUCCUCGGCAAAUACACCUUCUCUUGGAUUCUAGGAGUAACGCUACUCGCUUUCGGUCUGGUCACAGUUUCCCCCCCGACUUUGAGGAUAGAGCUUUAGCCAACUAAAUCACCCGACACUGGCCGGGGGGGGGAUCUUAUCCAGCGGCUGUGAACUGUGGACAUCAUCUGAGCGACGGCUGUUUUGAAUCAGUGUGCGUCAGUGGGCCCCUCAGGCUCCCCGCUGGGGCCGAGUCAGGAUGAAGAGGUUCAGGCGACACGGCCAGGAGUCCCAGAGAGAUCGACUCAAACAGGAGCUCUUCCAGUUCAACAAGACAGUGGAGCAUGGAUUCCCCCACCAGCCCAGCGCUCUGGGCUACAGUCCUGCCCUCCAGCUGCUGGCCAUCGGCACCCGCUCCGGGGCCAUCAAACUAUAUGGAGCUCCAGGUGUGGAGUUCAUGGGUCUACAUGAUGAGAAUGCUGCCGUGACUCAGGUGCACUUCCUCCCCCACCAGGUUGAACUGGUGACUCUGCUGGAUGACAACAGUCUGCACAUGUGGACUUUAAGAGCUCACAAGGGACUCUCUGAACUUCUGGAGAUAGGACGUUUCACUCUCACUGGACCACCUGGUGCCCCUCCAAGUGUGACCAGAGUGACAGCAGUGCUGGCUCACUCCUCAGGGGAGCUGCUGCUGUUGGGAACAGAAGGAGGACACGUCUUCAUAGUGGAGGUCCCCGGGUUCAGAGAGCUGGAAGAGAGGAAUAUUAGCCUCGACCAAGUGGCCAGCAGUGUACCGGACGACUACAUCGGCCGCAGGAAUUUGGAACACGUGGAGGCCUUAACGGAGAACCCGGUCAUCCCCAACCAGGUCGUUAUUGGCUACGGACGAGGUCUCAUGGUCAUAUGGGACCUGGAGAAGCAGCGUGCCAUCCAGCACAUCCGCGCCACCCAGCAACUGGAGAGCGUGUGGUGGACAGAGGACGGAGGCUACAUUCUCAGUUCGCACAGCGAUGGAAGUUACUGUCGAUGGAUGACGAGCGGAGAGGAUGUGAAUGAGGAGGAGGAGAAAUCAGACAUUCCUUAUGGACAUUUCCCCUGCAAGGCCAUUUCUAAAAUAGUUCAGCUACCGACAGAAGAAGGGCCUCCAUUCCUGCUGUUCAGCGGUGGGAUGCCCAGGGCCAGCUACGGGGACAGACACUGCAUCACAGUGAUCCACAGUAAAACACACGUGGCUCUGGACUUCACCUCCCGGAUCAUUGACUUCUUCGCCAUCAGAGGCGGACCACAGCACACAGGAGACCCCUGUGCGCUGGUGGUCCUGGUAGAGGAGGAGCUGGUAGUGAUUGACCUGCAGACGGAGGGCUGGCCGGUCAUCCAGACGCCAUACCUGGUCCCCCUCCACAGCUCCGCCAUCACCUGCUCCCACCACGUCUCCGCCAUCCCCCUCAAACUGUGGGAGCGGGUCCUCGCCGCCGGAGGCCUGCAGAGCACGCACUACUCCAAAAAGCCAUGGCCAAUAACAGGAGGACAGAACCUGGCCCCAGACCCUCCACAGAGAGACCUGCUGCUCACAGGGCACGAGGAUGGGACGGUGCGUUUCUGGGACGCAUCCGGAGUCUGUCUGUAUCCCAUGUAUAAGUUGAGCACAGCGGGAGUGUUCCACACAGACGCCGACCCCAAUGACAACAUGAACCAAGGCACCGAAGGAGAGUGGCCGCCAUUCAGAAAGGUCGGCUGUUUUGACCCCUACAGCGACGACCCACGGCUCGGCAUUCAGAAGAUCCACCUUUGUAAAUACAGCGGUUAUCUGACUGUAGCUGGCACUGCAGGACAGAUCCUGGUGCUGGAGCUCAACGACGAGGCGGCGGAGCAGACGGUCGAGGCUAAAGUUGUGGAUCUGCUGCAGGGCCAAGAGGGCUUCCGCUGGAAGGGCCACACUCAGCUGGACGUGCGAGAGGAGCCGGUGCUGUUUCCUCCAGGCUUCCAGCCUUUCGCUCUGGUCCAGUGCCAGCCCCCCGCCGUGAUCACCGCCCUCACCCUGCACUCGGAGUGGAAGCUGGUGGCCUUCGGCACCAGCCACGGCUUCGGCCUCUACGACUACCAACAGAAGAACAACGUCCUCGUCAAGUGCACCCUAAACCCCAGUGACCAGCUGGCCAUGGAGGGUCCUCUGUCCAGGGUGAAGAGCAUAAAGAAAUCCCUCCGACAGUCCUUCAGGAGAAUCAGACGCAGCAGGGUCUCGCUAAGGAAACAUCACGUCAACAACGCCGCCAAGCUGCAGGAGGCCAACGCUCGUCUGGAGGCUGAGCUGGCAGAGAUGGAGCUGGCUCCGGUCCAGAGGAAGAUCGAAGCGCGCUCCUCGGACGACUCGUUCACCGGCCUCGUGCGGACCAUCUACUUCGCCGACACCUUCCUCUCAGACAGUUCACAUAACACGCCCUCCCUAUGGGCAGGGACCAACGGCGGCUGCGUGUAUGCAUACAUGCUCCGCCUUCCCGCUGUAGAGCGCAGAGCGGACGAACCAGUCACCGCACAGCCGGCUAAGGAGAUCCAGCUGAUGCACCGGGCCCCCGUAGUCGGUAUAGUGGUGCUGGACGGUCACGGGGCUCCUCUCCCUGAGCCCCUCGAGGUGGCCCACGACCUGGCUCGCUCGCCCGACAUGCAGGGCUCACACCACCUGGUGGUUAUAUCUGAGGAGCAGUUCAAGGUUUUCACCCUGCCAAAGGUAAGCGCCAAGAUGAAGCUUAAGCUGACGGCCAUGGACGGCUCCAGGGUACGGCGGGUGGGCGUGGCCUGGUUCGGCAGCAGCCGGUCGGAGGACUACGGCGAGAGCGGUCUAGUGGUCCUGACCAACCAGGGCGACGUCCAUGUGGUGUCGCUGCCCACCGUGAAGAUGCAGGUCCACUACCCCUGCGUGCGGCGAGAGGACGUCAGUGGCAUCGCUUCAUGCGUCUUCACCAAGCAGGGCCAGGGCUUCUACCUAAUCUCCCCAUCUGAGUUUGAGCGGUUCUCUCUGUCAGCCCGGUACCUGGUGGAGCCUCGCUGUCUGGUGGAGGUUCCUCUUCAUACCGGCUCCUCCACCAAACGUAGGCCACAGCCCGAUGGAGCUUCAUCUGCUCAUAGAAUUGCCAAACAAGAAAGUGAGGAUGCAGAAAGUGCAGCUAGACGUGUUAUGGAGCAUGCUUUGCUGAAUGACGAGAAAGUACUACAAGAGAUCCAGAAGUCGCUAGAAGGAGACCAGACGUCGUUCCUGGAGAAUAAUGUGAAUAGCGCUGUAGCUUGAGAGAAAUGUCUGGACAGGUGAGAGUGAACUGACACGUUGACACGUAUGAAGCAUACCGCAGUCCUGUAGCAGCACUCUCCUCCUGCUCGGCCGACGCAACCACUACUGACCCCCACCGACCCCUUCGCCUCAGUGACUGACUUCCCCGCUUUCAGCUCCCACGCGACCCCCCCGCCCCCCUCGUGGAGAGACACCGAAUGGCUCUCGGCAGCCGCUCAAGGCUCACUCACGGUGCAGACGGAGGGGCGAUGUAUAGACACCACCUGUGCCUAAAGGCCGCGUGCUGUACGCAUCACAGCGCGGUCACCGCCAUUUUAACCCCUAAGCUACAUGAAGCGCACUCCUGGCAUGUGACUGAUGCCAUAAUUCAUCAAACCAAGAUCAAUGCCAGGAUGGAACCAGAGUCUCAGUUCUGCCAUAGAUGCCGCCAGUUGAACCUGCAGCCACUUGACUCUAAAAAGCCUUUAUCACCAGCAGCCUUCUCAUGCGGCAACGGUUCUUCCAAUCAUCACAAUCUGCUGUGCAUUCUCAUUGGCCUCCAUCUCCCCACAUGGACAUACAACUGGAAGGAGUGUGUGUGUGUGUGUGUGGGGGGAUGAUUUGAAUAAUGUUGAUGAAAAAUAUUUUAUAGCUUGAAUUUUAAAUGAUUUGUGCCUAAUUUCUUAAUUUUAUUUGAAGAAACCUCUGAUUUAUACUGUGGAAGCUCAUUUCUGCCAGGAAAAGGGAUGCAACAAACAGAUGAUAAGUUAGGAAUGAUAAUAAAUGGAAAAAAGUGAUAAGUCAAUACUAUGAGAUAACAUGUUGUUGAAUCAUGAUUUAUGGCUAGUAAAUCAAAAGUAAAUCAAAAGUCUGGACAGUCUCACAAGUGAAAAUGAUAAAAAAAACAACCUAAAAUAUAAGAAAUGUCUUACUUACAUUAUUAAACUAAACAGCCAUGAUCUAGCUUGGUCAGAAUCUUGUAGUAUUGACUUGGAAUAUUGUAAUUUUGACGCAGUAUUAUUAUUAUUUUAACAUAUGUUAUCAAUUUUAGACAAUUUCAUUCUUGCUUCUUGAUGAAAUUAUACUUACUAUUAUAAUUCAAACUCUAAGUUAAUAACUUUAGCCUCAUAUCUUGUCAUUUUGCCUCCAAAUCUAAAUCUUUUCAUUUUUAAUUGGGUCAAGUUUUUUGAACCACCCCAUUUCUUUAUUGUUUUGAUGCAAAAAAAAGUUAUUUCAUAAUUUUAACUUGGUAUGUCAAUAGUUUGACUUGACAUGAAUGGUUUUUUUUUUUGUUUUUUUUAAUCCUUAAAUGUGCCACCCUUUUUAGUUUUUAGUUUUUUGGUGUAAAUGAGCUUCCAUAAUAUUCAGAUUAACUAUCAAGGGAAAUGUAAACUGUUAAGCCCCCGAAGUGAAAAAAAAAAAAGAUACAAAAGUUUUUUUAUGUCUGUCGAACUGGUGAAAACGUGUUUUUAUGAGUCACAAAUCAUUCAUAGCAUUACAAACUGUGUACUCUGUACACCGCUGACGCAGCCCUAUUCCCUCCCGUCCACUCUAUACUUUGUAACCUGCCAUAGGUACUUCUCCACUACUGCAGAGCUCACAGUGCUGUACUUUUUUGGGGGGUGGGGCAGCUUUCUAUGGGGUUUGGUUUUUAAUUAUUUUUGAUGUAAACCAUUUUUAUAUGCCAGCAAUGAAUAAUGUAAUUUAGGAAUGUAAUUGUAAGCUAUUGUAGUGAAAUGUUUUUAAUAUAUACAGUGUGUAUGUGACUCAGUCUGUACCUGUGGGCCUGUCGUAACUGGGGUUGGCUGCUAUUUAGAUCGUACAAGGAAAUAUUUUGGUACUGUGUCUCAGAAUGCUGGGUAUUUAGCAUCAGCCUAGAAUAUAUUUUUGUAGUGAACUGAUUAAGAACCCUCUUUUUUUUUUUUUUUUUUGUAACU